AUGACUAACGCUGAAGAACAGCCAAUUGACAGAGCACACACCCAAGGACAACCUACUGCCGGUGUUGUCUCCAGGUCCUCUCAAGCUACUACUGCAAAGCAGUGGCUGAAAAGGAGACGGGGGACAACAGUGGAGAACGUAUCCCGUAAUUGUACAAGGACUACCCAUGUCGUCACAGAACAGAUCUUCCUGCCAAAAGGAAAUAUACAUCUGCUAACCAAGAUCAGACAAGUGCACAAAGACAACCUACAUCCAAUAUUGUCGUCCACGAGCACCAUCGCAGCGCAAAACCUGACGCUGUACGCAGGCGACAAUAUAGGAGCACGCCUCCUCGUACACCUAAACUACAAACUAGCAGAUGAAAGUAUGAACUGGGACAACCUACAUCCAAUGUUGUCGCCCACGAACACCAUCGCAGCGCAAAACCCGAUGUUGUACGUAGACGACAAUAUAGGAGCAGCCUCCUCGUACACCUAA